GUUCAAAAAGAGGUUUGGAAUGAGGUUCGGAAAGCCGUUUGGUGCUACUAUUAUUAAUCUUCAAGAUCCCAUUUUUGAGUUUCCCUCCCUUCAAACUCACAGCGACAGAGACGACGAAAUGGACGGUGGCGCCGGCAUCUUCCUCGACUCCGAUACGGCGCGCGUCGGCGCUGUUGGAGUUGCAGGUCAAAAAGCAAAGAGAGGGAAAAUGGUGAAGGGGGAUUCUGUUUCUGUGGGAACUGCUCAGAAGAAAAAGCUGGCUGACAUUACCAACCGGGACCAACAACAGCGACCCAUUACUCAACAAGCAAACCAACAAGCUGCAACAAUUGCUGCACCUGGCAUCACUUCUGACCAGCUUCUCAAUGAAAAUGCAAUGUUGAUGAAGGUCCUAGCUAACAGAAAUGCGGUAAUAGAAUCAUGUAAGGCAGAGCUACAGAAGUCUCAAACCAAUUAUCUGAGACUGCGGAAGGAAAAUUCAGAACUUGCGCUGACAAACACUCAUAUAAUGGCGGAGCUUAAUUCAAGUAAACAGAGGCUAAGGGAACUUCAGCAUGAACUAGGAAUGAAGAAUGGUAUGCUCAGAGCUAUGAAAUUAGAAUUGACGGCAAAAGAGCACACAGAAAAAUCGAAUCGGGAAAUUGAAGCAAACGAGGUCAAAGCAUCUCACAGUAAGGAGUUAGAUCAAACACUUCAAGAAGAUGCCAGGGAGAAAACAAAAAGGAAGAGGGUGUCCAGAUCUCAAUCAUCUGCACCUGCUGUCAUUAAACAAGUAAAAUCCAUAGAAAAGGUUGAAAACAAGAGGUAUUCUUUGAGAAGGCAAUCGGCAGGGUUGCAAGCUGAAAAAUCACAACCAACAGAAGACUCUGAGGUAGCUCAAGUCAAAUAUGAUGUCGCGCAUUUACAAGAAAAUUUGGAAAACGAAAAUGGACCAACAUCAUCUGAAGUUCAUGAAGAAGCCAAAGAAGAUGCCGAAUCUUCAGGACCAGCUAACACCGAACAAGUUCAUGCCAAAAAGAAUAUUGAAAAUAAGAGGCAAAGUUUGAGAAGGCAAUCUUCCAUGUUCAAGCCUGAGAAUCUAGAACCAACUGAAGACUUCUUUGAGGUAGAUGAUGCGAAAUUUCCAGUCUUAUGUGCUACUGAUAUGUCAGAACAAAGUCAUCCAACAACAUCAAGUGUAACUUCUGGUCAAGAAAACAAUACCUGUGUGUAUGAUCCUCGGGAAAUUCGAAGAUCAUCUGUUGGGCGGCCUUCGCGUAGAUCAGCUGUGAAGGUUGUGUCCUAUAAGGAAAUUCCUGUUAACGUGAAGAUGCGCAGACCUAAUUAGGUUGACUUUAAAUCCGGUACUCACUGAAUUAUCAAUAAUACUUCAGAAAAGAAUGGAGUGGAAGCUUGAAAACAUGAUAUGUCCUACAUCCUGAUGCUAUGGUGCAUGCCCUGAUAUAGGGACUGCAUAGUUGAAAUUUGAUGCACGUUCUACUGUAAUAGCCUUUAGAUGAGAUAGUAUUGAUCCACUGAAGUGGUGCCCUGCUUCCUCUUCCUCACAUUGUAAAUUCGAGUAACGGUGGUAGCUAGUUGGUUGUUCUCUGUUUUUUCAAAUUGAAAAGGAGUUACAACCAACAAAAGCAAGUAUGUGGUUAUUUUGGAAACUUCAUUUUGCUUGAACUUGAUUAUUCUAAAAUUGACUUUUUUUUAUCUAAAAAGUGAUUUUAGUGAAA